AUGGAGUCUAUGCUGGCCAACCGAUCCCUUCAUACUACUAUCGUUCACAAGGAUAUUGACAGUGCUGCGAAGUACAUUGGAGCUGGAGCCGCUACUGUCGGUGUCGCUGGAUCAGGAGCUGGUAUUGGCAAUGUGUUCGGAGCUCUCGUUAUUGGGUACGCUCGAAACCCGUCGUUGAAGCAGCAGCUGUUCUCGUAUGCAAUUCUCGGUUUCGCCCUUUCUGAGGCUAUGGGACUUUUCUGUCUCACUAUGGGUUUCAUGAUUUUGUUUGCUCUUUAA